UCAUAUCUGUUAAUUAUUACUUGUCUUAAAUACUUUACAACUGACAUUCUUUCUCAUAACUUGCACUUAUCUACAGAAUAUAUACCAAUCUUCUUUAAGUAGUUUGCGUCCCACUCAGACGAGUUUUGUUUUGCUUUUGCCAACACAAGCACUUUCAAAAUGGCGUUCGGGCGGUAUACGCAUGCGAUCGUCUGUCGAGUUCCCAACAGCAUCAAGCAGUGUGCGUCGGGUGUUAUAGGCGACAUAAACGUGGAAUUGGCGAGAAAAGAACAUGAAGAAUUUUGUAAAACACUUCGCAGCCUCGACCUUGAUGUCAUCGAACUGCAGGCCGACGAGUCAACUCCGGACUGCGCGUUCGUUGAUGACACGGCGAUCAUUUGCAACGGCGCUGCCUUGAUCUGCAGGCCAGCCAGCGGACAGCGCCAGAAGGAACUGGACAUAAUACGAGCGACCAUCAAGAAAGAACUGGGCAUUGCAGUAAUGGAAAUCCGGGACCCGAAGGCAAUUAUAGAAGGCGGAAACGUGCUUUUCACAGGUCGCGAGUUCUUUGUUGGCAUAUCACCUCGGACGAACGAGGCAGGAGCGCGGGCACUAGCUGCUGCAUUCCCGGAAUUUCCUGUUACACCUGUCAAACUGCCCAAGCGAAACCAUCUCAAGGAUCUCCUGUCCAUGGCUGGCCCUGAUGUCAUCUGCCUGUCCGACAGCCCGGAGUCACAGGCUGUCAAAAGGCAAGUGGAGAGAGAGGCAACAUUCCAGUAUCAGACAGUGACUUUGCCUGAAGAGAGGGCAGCAGGCUGUUUAUACAUCAAUGGGCGCUUGCUGCACAGGCAUGAGUUUCCAGCUGCUAAUCAGGAGUUUGCCCAGAAGAUUGACUAUGGACGUGUCACACUUUCGGUAAUGGAGCUGAGUAAAGCCAGCACGGGCCUUCCCAGCCUGGCUCUUUUGGUGCGAAAGAGCAGGCACCAUUGAAACCAGGACCACAUCCAGCUUUUAAGCGUUUGCACCCCCCACCGUUCCAUUUUGCCAACUCUGGUUAGGCACUGUUCAAACAAGUAUUACGUGCAGGUCAUGUGUUACCAGUGCACAAGAUAAAUGACAGCUUGAUGUAGUGCAAAGAAAGAACACUUGUUCCUCCCAAAGCAUUUUUUCAAGCUUUUUGUCAAAGUAUCUGCGGUUUAACAAUUGAUUGGUACGUAGAGGACUCCUGCAGCCCAACUUUUUUUCACUUAUAUAGUAAGUGCGCACGUGCUUGUUGCUUAAUGAGCAUGACAGUGCUGCAGUGCUGAUCUCUUAGUCCCAUCCAGCUUUAGUUCUUGGUUGCAACUGUGGAUUUUGCCUUUGACAACUCUUUCUAAAGCAUCAAUGCCUUUCUCGUAUGUUGUGAGCAGCAAAGCACAAGUUAUGUGUUUAUAAUGCUUUGUUUUUUCUUGCAAUAUUUGGUUACGCAGACAUGACACUGGUGCUGCGUUGUUGAACAUUUAGAACCAUGUCUUUGGCGGGUUGUAAAUGUUCUAACUCUGACGGUCACAUGUAGAAUGUUUUUCCUUCAGUGAGCAUUAUUUUUGUACUGCUUCAUGCUCAACUGUGUGCAUAGUGAAGACUAUGUUAGCUAGAGCUAAAGAUUGCUUAUUAUUUCUUGAGGCAAACUUCUUGAUUUGUGAUAGCGUGCCAUCGGCUUUCAUUAUUGUUUGCAAAAAUGUUUCAUUGUUUUCAACAGACAGUAAGAGUAACAAAAUUUAAAGUGUUCCUAUAAAUCCGAAUGUAGGUACUAGCACCACACUAGAAAGGAUUAGUCAUACAUUCUCAUUAGCUUGUUUAGCCGUUUUCGUUCAUUGCCAUUGACGUUUUCUUCUUUCAGUCAAUCUUAAUUUCAUCAGCUUUCAAGAACAAAUAACAUGGCACUUACCAAAUGCCAGAGUGGAUUUUCUGUGCCUUUCUUAAGUUUUUCACCCAUUGUCCAUUAAUAUCAGAUGGCAGCAGAUAGUGUCACACUGAUUUAAUGCUGAUGUAGAUUUCUGUUGUGUUGCAUAGUGCGAGGAAGUUCUGCACCAAGUAGUAUUCCCUUACUGAAUGUGUGCCUUGGAAGCUAUACGUCUGCUCAUAUAUGUAAUUAUAAUUCAUUGUUGCAUCAUUACUACUCUCAGCAGCUUGUUUAUACUAAGCACAAGGAGGUAUCAUCAUAAAACUUUGCUAAAAUUUUACUUUACAAUAAGCAUUACACUUCAUUGUUAAAGGCUUUACAUCUACGCACAAAUGAUGAUGUCUGAAAAAAAGAAAGAAAGCUUUGGUAUAGCACUGAACAGCUAGAGUUGUGAAAUUGGGCAGAAAAAGAUUGUGUGUACACUAGUUAAGAGGUUUCCUCUUGCUUAUUCAUUUCCAUGUGAACAGUUAUGAGAUGUAUGGUGUGACAACGGCUUUAGUAGACCUUGAAGGGGCCCUGUAACACUUUUUGAACUUGGGAAACGCUGCCAAUCAGUAGUCGAGGCUCCUCUGAACGUGUGAGCCAAAUAUUAUAGCACUGCAUGUGGCAGGGAACUAACUGUUAAGUUUCAAAGGCAGCUAAAAAUUGCUCACUCUUUUGUCAGUUAAUUACGUCAAUGAGGUGCCUGACUACGUCACUCAGGGAUUGAAGGACACAGCUAAUGGCUGAUUUGAGAAUUCUGGUGCUGCAUAGUUACUGUGGCUGCCACGGGGUGCCACCACGUCGUGGCACCGCGCUCUAUAGUGUGCUAGAAUUAUAUGGUAGUGACAGUAGCGUGCUUGUGAUGACACCGAAAGUGAGCCGGUGGGUUCGAAUGAAAAGAUGUAGCUUCUUGCCCCUUUGUCACCGCCCCCCCCCCUCCCCGUGUAGUUUUUAUCGCGCUCGUCAGGACAAAAGGAGAGAAAAAGCGCUUUAAAUUGUGCAACAAAUCUCAGUAACUUUGCUUGUAUUUGAUGCAUUCGAAAAACUUUUGUGGCGCUCUGUUUGUGGGGCAGUAAACUUCGCUAGUGAGAUAGUUCAAUAAUUAGUACUUGGAGAUGUGUUGCAGGGCCCCUUUAAAAAGGUGUGUUGAUAAUUGUGGCGGCACUGUUUUUAUUUAGACAUAGAGAUGUAUGGACUCUCGAGGCAUGUUCUCUGAAGCUCUUGAGGUGGCUCUGUGGUGUGCAGCUUUUAAGAUUUUGAACAACUGCUGUUGAUGUAUGGAUGAAAGAUGGAAAACUUUGCACAUAACAAAUAGCUGGAAGUCCCACUGCUUGCAUAGGUGCACUGACUGUGUGUACCUGUAGUGAGCUAACUAUAGUUUUGAAUAACCUUGAGUAGAUUGGGAGCACUCAUAAAGGCUGAAAUCGUGAAAUGUUUCAAAGCUAUGCGGAUAAUUUUUUUAGCCAGCCAGGAAGCAUUCUUUAGAGCAAUGAACACCAGUCAAGUGCAUUAAUUUCCAACUAAAAUGAUUGCCAUGAGCUGUUUCUUUUUCCCAGAGUGUUCACCUUAUUUUUGCAGUCACACUUUAAAAUUUAUGAAAUGAGGAUUGAUACUAUUUGGAUGGCUGAUAUUUCUUGUGGCAACAGUGCAGUGUCUGAAAUACGUAUUCUAGCAACUCUCGAAAUCUCUGCUAGCAGCAAACAACUAGAAGUAGCUCCUUUUUCCACGUAGCUGUCCAGAUCCUCACUGUGCCAAAAAUAUGCUAAUUUUAUGUAGUUGCAUUCUGUUGUGCCUAUUGUGCCCAGUGCCUUGUAGAGCUGAUGAGGAAGUAAAAACUAAACUGUGUUUUGGGCUGCCGUGCUGUUUAGGUGGUUAAAGCCUUGUGUAUUCGUAAUUACUGCAUAUUUAAUGCCAAGAAAGCAGCACAAUGUUUGCAAGAUUGUGUACAUUAUGUUGCAAUCUACUGAGUGCAGUCCUAUCUUUGUAGCAUGCACAAGUUCCUUCAUUAGAGCCAUCCCAGGCAAGGCCACUUUGACGCACUGAUUAUUAUUUUUAAGCUUUCUUUUUAUAACUCUUUUUACUUAGGCAUCAUCUGUACAUGCAAAGUUGCGGGCAAAUGACAGCUUGUCUGAGCUGGCCUUCUUUUGAUUUUGUUACAUAAGGGCCCCUGGUGUAUGCAUGGUGUGCAUCAGGGGUUCAUUACAUCGAAACUGAAAUGUACAAUUCUUUCAUUAAACAAUGAUAAAUGGUGCAUGGCCUUUGAUGCAGCUAAGAUUAAGAAAGCACAAAAUAUGUUAUUCGGUUUGGGUUCAUUACAGUACCAAACUUCAGCUGUAGUUGUAUGGAGACUUGCGAUAAAGGAGAAUCAUAUAUGUGCUGCACUAUAAAUGGUAGUAAUGCUUGCUGAAUGUUUCUCACUGUUUUUCUGUCACAGAUAAUUAUUUGGCCACCUGAGCCAUAAUUUGUCACUGUUGUGGGAAAAUAUGGCAUUACAUAUGGUCAGCAGAAGUAGGGCAGUCGUGUUUUCAGUGGUCAUUAUUACAGGUUCAUAUAUUAUCGUCUGGAGCAAAAAUAAAACGCUGAUGUACAAUAUUUUCGCAUAAAUAUAUUGAGGAAAUAUAUAUACAUCAGCGGACAGUAUUGUACUUUAAACACAUCUAUGUUCUUAUGCUGCAUAAGCCAGACAUUAAUUAGAAACAAUUACUGCACAUGAAACAGUAGAGUCAAGAGCAGAGUCAAAGACAAUUUUAUCUUUGCCUUAAGCACUGUGAGUCCACUGCACAGCAGUGUACAGUUUCAAAGGUCUGAACUAACUAACGAUUUAUAAAAGUAUUAUGAAAGAAAAAAAUGUCAGAGGGGAGAGCAAAGUGUCAUAAAGGGCUGUUGAGAAAUUUUGUAGUUUUCAAGUUAUUUUAAACAUGUUCUGCUAUGGUUCUUGCAAGGUGAUUUUCUUGAAGUUAGUAGUUGAUAUUUGCUGUGUCAACAUAGUUACUGUAUUGGUGUAUCGCUUGGUUCAUUUUUGCUGUAGUUGCCACACAUACAUUCCAACCAUUCUUUUUUGUAAAUCACUCUGUGUUUGUUUCCCUAUUCAAGGAAAGGUUGUGGAUAGUAAUGUUCCUUGCUUUAUUGUGAUCAUAAAUCUGAGCCCUAUGAUAUUUAUGGUUCUGUGGUCCAGCUAGUCAGAGGUCUUGCUGACACUGAAAUACUAGCAUUGUCAAGCAGUGCUUUCUUGGAGCUGUUUUUCAUGUUACUUCUAGUGUGUCACUACAGUAGUUGUUGUGUUCUUGUUACUAUGUUAUGCACUUUCACUGGUCCAAAUGCACAUCCUUUUUUUUUUCUUUUUUGUUGACAGAAUGCCGUGUGUUCAUAGGAUUUACAGUUGUAUUUCCUAAUUGUAGCAGCUUUUUCUGCACAAGGCCUUCUACCAACUGUCAACUGUCUACUACAACACAGAGCUUUUCUUACAUCAGCAUCAAAAGUAGAGAAUCUGAGAGCAUUCACUUAAAUGCCACUAUAGGCACAGUGACAGAAAACAGCCUACAUCACUGAAGAUUCCAAAACAGUACAGUGCAUAUGUGAUAUAAACAUGACUGCUGUGCAAGUUGUAGCACAGUGUUCUGCAAACACUGUUUGUCACUUGUUUACAUUCUGAUAACUUCUCAUACAGCUAUAUGGUGCAUGAUUGCUAGCAAAAAACAAACAGAAGGACAAAAAACAUAGACAAACGACAGGAGCACUGUUUUUACUGUUAACACUCUCAUUCUUGAUUUUCUAAGCAGUUCAUGGACAAGAAAAUAAAACAUAUGACUGCUUAAGUAAGAAAAAACACUCUCUGUGCAGCUAUACAGUUCACACCACUCCGAAAAUAACCUUAAAAUUUCAUUCUCUCUAAAUCGGCCUGACCAAGUUGCAUCACAACAUCACUUUGAAACAGGGUCCACUUUACUAAGUCCUAGUAUCCUCAUGAUUUCUUUUUACAUUUAAGGCUUAUUCACUUUGUGUAUUCACUAUCUGCCCACGAAUUUGUGUGUGCAGCUUGUUUGUUAUGUGGAUUAUAUUAUUGUGAUGUCUGGUAACAGUCCAAAUUGAAUGUAUGCGCCACUUGCCGUUGAUGCUCUAAUGUGCCUGUAAUGCAGCUUUUGUUUCCUGGGCAUAGGUCUUGUAAAGAAAAUAUAUCACUUGCACUCGUUUUCAUCGUAUUGUUCUGAUGUAAGCAGUGGUAGCAGCUUCUAAAAUAAAUGUUAUUUUCAGUACAAAUGGUUGAGCAUAAAUCAUCUUGGAGGCUGACAUUGUUGCCUGUGUCACAAACAAAUGGAAAGCACAAUAAAA